AUGGUCAGCUUUCGCUGUCUAAAGUAUGCUGCCAUCUUUGUUUUCCUGGCUGUGUUUGUCUUCAUCCUUGCACAUUUUAAUAUGGACGUCCUGGAGAGCCCCUGUCAGAUUCAGCACAAAGUGAACUUCUCCUGCCCUGUCCCAAGACUUCACCUGCAACUGUUGUCCAAUGAUGAUGCUCUGGAGGAACGGCUCCUAUUAGACUCCAUUGCUUGGCCGGAAACUCCAUCCUUGUCAGCUUCUCUUUCCCUGGAGCAGACCACCGAUCCUGCCCACAGCAGAUUCACUAUUCUCCCAGAGAAGGGUGGACAGCAGUGGCACGUAGGGGAUCAGCUGGAAGUUAUGAUCAAAAUGUAUGACUUUCAUGGUCGUCCCAAGAAGUCUGGUGGAGACGUCUUACUUGCCCGCCUGCACAACCAAGCACUUGGUGCAGGUGUGGCUGGGAAAGUGUUGGAUCUUCUCAACGGCUCCUACUCUGCUGUAUUUUCUUUACUCUGGGAGGGAAGCGCACAGGUUGAGGUGACACUGGUUCACCCCAGUGAGGCUGUCACAGUGCUGCAAAGGUUGACCAGAGAACAGCCAGACAGGGUUUAUUUUCGGAGCGUCUUCCGUACAGGCUCAGUCUCUGAAUCUACCAUCUGCAAUGUCUUCCUGCGUCCUACCCAGCAGCCGCUGUGCAACUACACUGACAUCAAUACAGGUGAACCGUGGUUCUGCUACAAGCCAAAGAGCCUGAGCUGUGAUGCCAGGAUCGACCACUCCACGGGAGGAAUCAAGCCAAAACUCAACGGCAAGGAGAACACGCUCUUUAAAAGGGGGGUGAACUUGAAAGUCUCCAUUAAGGCCUCAGGAUUGACCAGUGUCAACGUGUUGCCAAAAAUGAAAGAGGUAAAGAGCAGCAGUGUGAAGUCUGGACCCUCUGGUUAUUACUAUAAGGAUGAGUGGCGAGCCAUAGGUGAUACCACAGUCAGCAGGUUCAGCACAUCUUCUGCUAUCGGUCAAUGUCUGAAAGGCAAGACUGUCCACCUGUAUGGCGACUCCACCGUCAGGCAGUGGUUUGAAUGUCUCACUGCAGCAUUACCAGAUCUCAAGGAGUUUGACUUGCACAGCUCGAGACAAGUUGGACCUUUCAUGGCCUUAGACAAUGCAAACAACAUUUUGGUGACAUUCCAUUGCCACGGCCCCCCUAUCCGUUUUACCGGUGUCCCAGCCAUGGCGCUGCACUCCAUUGCCAAUGAAGUAGACCGCGUAGUUGGAGGUAUCAACACUGUUGUAGUUUUUGGCAUCUGGGCACACUUCAGCACUUUCCCCACAGAGCUCUACAUCCGACGGCUGCAGAACAUCCGCAGGGCAGUGGUCCGGCUGCUGGAGAGAGCUCCAGGUACACUGGUUGUGAUCCGGACUGCAAACCCCAAAGCUAUGACGCCUUUUGUAGCGCUGACCAUGAGUGACUGGUAUGCGAUGCAGCUUGACAAGGUGCUCAGGAUCAUGUUCAAAGGACUGAAUGUUCACCUGGUGGAUGCCUGGGAGAUGGUCUUGGCCCAUCACCUGCCACAUGACCUCCAUCCACCACCUCCCAUUAUUAAGAAUAUGAUCAACGUCCUCUUGUCCUACAUAUGCCCUCAAAAGAGGAGCUAG